CACCCCUUCUGCCCUCACCCCCCAACCCCGGAGCCCAAAGCGGGGACCCCGGGAUCGGACGUCCCCACGCCUCCGGGCACCUGGCUCAGCAGGAGUCCCCCGGGUCCGGGCAGGGCAGGGCCGGCGGCGGCGAGCCGGAGCCCGCCCAGCGCCCGGGCCCCGCCGAGCCCUCGGAACCCACUCAUGGGGCACCGGCUCCCCGUGUCCCCUCGCCCGGCCGCGCCCAGCCCGGCGCCCCGAGACGCGCAGAGGAGGAUCCCGGCGCAGUGACCCGGGAGCCGCCGCAGCCCCUGGAAGCCUCGGCUGCUGGAGAGGAAGGCUGCUCCCCGCACCUCCAGGCCCUUCCAGGCAUCCCUCUGAGCCGCGCCAGAGGCCCGGCCCGCCAUUCCCAGCCCCGAGCCAUGAUGAAGACCUUGUCCAGCGGGAACUGUGCACUCAGUGUGCCUGCCAAGAACUCGUACCGCAUGGUGGUGCUGGGCGCCUCUCGGGUGGGCAAGAGCUCCAUUGUCUCCCGCUUCCUCAAUGGCCGCUUCGAGGACCAGUACACACCCACCAUCGAGGACUUCCACCGGAAGGUUUACAACAUCCGUGGUGACAUGUACCAGCUGGACAUCCUGGACACGUCCGGCAACCACCCCUUCCCCGCCAUGCGCAGGCUGUCCAUCCUCACAGGCGAUGUGUUCAUCCUCGUGUUCAGCCUAGAUAACCGGGAGUCCUUCGACGAGGUCAAGCGCCUCCAGAAGCAGAUCCUGGAGGUCAAGUCCUGCCUGAAGAACAAGACCAAGGAGGCAGCGGAGCUGCCCAUGGUCAUCUGCGGUAACAAGAAUGACCACGGUGAGCUGUGCCGCCAAGUGCCCACCACCGAGGCCGAGCUGCUGGUAUCCGGUGAUGGAAACUGCGCCUACUUUGAGGUGUCGGCCAAGAAGAACACCAACGUGGACGAGAUGUUCUACGUGCUCUUCAGCAUGGCCAAGCUGCCGCACGAGAUGAGCCCUGCGCUGCACCGCAAGAUCUCCGUGCAGUACGGGGACGCCUUCCACCCCCGGCCCUUCUGCAUGCGCCGUGUCAAGGACAUGGACGCCUACGGCAUGGUCUCUCCCUUCGCCCGCCGCCCCAGUGUCAACAGUGACCUCAAAUACAUCAAGGCCAAGGUCCUCCGGGAGAGCCAGGCCCGCGAGCGGGACAAAUGCACCAUCCAGUGAGCGGGAGGGAUGCUGGGCUGGGGCUUUGGCCGGGCCUUAUGGAAGACGGCCCUGGCGCCCACUGCCCACAUCCCCCGGACGAAACCCCAAAAGCAGUCACGUUCUGAGACCUCUGAGGGGCCAGACCGGAGGACCCCAGCCUCCAACCUCUGUAUAGUCUCCUGCCUUCAACCGCUUCCCUCUGAUUCCUCCUUUCCACCGCUCCCCUUGGGUUUCUCCGUGGAGGGGUGGAUCUCUGCUGGGCAGGAGGUGAGGCUGGGUGACAUACGGACUUAUGUCAGGACCCGAGUCAGAGCUUGCUUGUCCUUGCAAGAAACGCUGAUGCCAGACGGGCCAGGGUACCGGCUUCCAACAGAGACUCCUGGAACAUCAGAGGAUGAAAACAACACCCGAGUCGGCUGGGAGGGGGCUCUGCCCUCCUGAUGUAAGAUGCAGCUUGGUUUAGGUGGCAGCUGGAAGUUUCUCCCCCUACCCUGUCCUGAAACAUUAACCCUCUGGCUCAGUGGUUUCUAUCCCCUACCCGCUGAGUUGGCCCCCAGCUCUCCCUGACACUGAGCCAGGGGCGUCUCUGUGUUUGAAGUGGGUGUGGCCACGUCUGCUUGACCACGUCCAUCUCCUGGACUGCCUCCCUCAGCCUCCCCUCCCAGGUUCCUCUCGUCUGCUGGUUGUGCCUUGUUGCAGCUGUUACGUCGUGUUCCCAGUAGAAAUGGAAAUCAUUGUACUGUAAAAGCCUAGUGAUCCCUCGUUGGCCAGGACUUCCCCCCAAGUUCAGGUCCACUGCCUCCACGGGGGACACCUUCCUCCUUGGCUCCCAGAUGGGGUUCCUGUGGCCUGUUCGCAGCUGGACACUGCCCUCCUCCUGAGCUUCACGGUUUACUCUGAAUGCAGGCCGGGGCUGCAUCUCCUCCUGCCCCCAUUUCACAGAGGAGGCAGCUGAGACUCAGAGGGCCAAGGAGCAAGCCCCAGCUCCGCCUCCUGGCUAGUUAAGGAUGGAGCUCCGCCUGGAAGCUGGCUGUCCUCUGCUGUGCUUGUUCCUCAAGCAUUUAUUGAGCACCUGCUGGGUGCUGGGUCCACUGUGCUAGAAAACAAAGGGUAAGCGAUGCGCUUGAUGCCCCUAAGGCCAAGGCUCCAUGGCUCCAGCCUCUUUCCCUCCCCCAGCCUGGCCUCUGACUGCCCCUGCUGCCCUACUGCCUCUCUGCACACAGCUGUGGGGAGAUGUGGAAGAGCACCUGGGAGCUAUAGCUGAGCUCAGGAGAGGCAGAUAAGAAGAGCUCCCAGGGGGCCUUUUCCUGGCACCUGGGAUGGGGUUGUGCUGGGUACCAGGCAUGGUGGGAUUUGAACCUGUGGACCAAAGGCUCUUGUCAUCAGCUCUUAACCAAGACAUUUUGUAUUUUAAAUCUCCUUGAAACUAUUGAAGUUUAGAGCCACAAGGAGCCUUAAUGAUUGUCUAGUGAAUCCAAGGCCCAGAGAGGGUAAGUAACUCGCCCAGGGUCACACAGCAAGCCUACAAGUGGCAGAAGCAGGGUUAGGUCGGGGCAUUCAGCACACACUAUGAUGUGCCCCUCCUGAUCCUGCCUCAGCCCCUGGGGCCUUCGGGGAUUUGAGGUGUCAUCUCCCUGAGCCUCUCCCCAGAUUGGCCUUCGAGGGCUUCUGUAGAUCCUGUGUACAUUGUACCCUCGUAUAUACCUGUACACACACGUGAACACACAGAGAGACAUGUGCCCUGGCCUCAGCUCUGCACACCCCACACCUCCCACCCGACCCUGCUGCUCAAGGCAGCUGCUCUGACCCUGCUUCUGACACCUGGCCCCAACCUGAACCCUCUAAGCAGACCAGGUACCCUGGCCAGGACAAAUGUGUGGCUUGCUUCCCUGUAUCUCUGUGUACACUCUCGAUUAAAGUGGGUUUGUUUCUAA